ACAUUCCAAAACCCCUGUGCAGCCUGAGGCGCGCGGGCCUGCCCCUGGAGCUCAGUGUCCUCUGCGCCUGUCUGCGCCUUAUGGUUGGCUUCCCAGAGGCGGACCGCAGGGACUGCCGGCCACUCCCCAUGGCCAGCCGGCCACACGCAGAGCCCCGCACAAACUUGAUCCUUCAGGAACUUUCCAGGAGACUGCCUCUGGGAGGAGAGAAGGAAGAAUCCUGUUCAGAAAUGAGGCGAAUUAAUGUCUGGACACCGUUACAUGAAGUGUUUUAAAACUGCCCUGACCAUCUUGCCAAAUGAGUCUCUGUUCAUGAGACCCAACAAGAUGAACCAGCCAAGGAGGGAUGGUGUCCUGCCCUGUAUGAACAGUGACUGCUGACGUCUGAGAGCAAGCUGGGGGUACUGACUGUUGUCUGCCAAUACCAUGAAGGAGGUGGUUUAUUGGUCACCCAAGAAGGUGGCAGAGUGGCUGCUGGAGAAGGCUAUGCCAGAAUACUGUGAACCUCUAGAGCAUUUCACAGGCCAGGACUUGAUCAACCUAACCCAAGAGGAUUUCAAAAAACCCCCACUGUGCCGCGUCUCGUCUGACAAUGGGCAGCGGCUCUUAGAUAUGAUAGAGACCCUCAAGAUGGAGCACCAUAUGGAAGCACACAAGAAUGGCCACGCCAACGGGCACCUCAGCGUUGGCGUUGACAUUCCCAACCCUGAUGGCAGCUUCAGCAUCAAGAUUAAACCUAACGGAAUGCCAAACGGGUAUAGGAAAGAGAUGAUAAAGAUCCCCAUGCCAGAGCCGGAGCGCUCCCAGUACCCCAUGGAGUGGGGCAAAACUUUUCUGGCCUUUCUUUAUGCACUUUCCUGUUUUGUUCUCACUACAGUGAUGAUCUCGGUCGUCCAUGAACGAGUACCUCCUAAGGAGGUGCAGCCUCCACUACCGGACACAUUUUUUGACCAUUUUAACCGGGUGCAGUGGGCCUUUUCUAUUUGCGAAAUUAACGGCAUGAUCCUUGUAGGACUCUGGUUAAUUCAGUGGCUGCUCUUAAAAUACAAGUCUAUUAUUAGCAGAAGAUUUUUCUGCAUAGUUGGCACGCUGUACCUGUAUCGGUGUAUUACAAUGUAUGUAACUACACUCCCAGUACCUGGCAUGCAUUUCAACUGUUCUCCGAAGCUCUUUGGAGACUGGGAAGCUCAAGUGCGGAGGAUAAUGAAGCUCAUUGCUGGAGGUGGCUUGUCCAUCACAGGCUCGCACAACAUGUGUGGGGACUAUCUGUACAGUGGCCACACCGUCAUGCUAACCCUCACCUACUUAUUUAUCAAAGAGUAUUCCCCUCGGCGACUCUGGUGGUACCACUGGAUCUGCUGGCUCCUCAGCGUCGUUGGAAUCUUCUGUAUUCUCUUAGCACAUGACCACUACACUGUGGACGUGGUGGUGGCUUAUUACAUCACCACGAGACUCUUCUGGUGGUAUCACACGAUGGCCAAUCAGCAAGUGCUAAAGGAAGCUUCCCAGAUGAACCUCCUGGCCAGGGUGUGGUGGUACAGGCCAUUUCAGUACUUUGAAAAGAAUGUCCAAGGAAUUGUACCUCGAUCUUACCAUUGGCCCUUCCCCUGGCCAGUAGUCCACCUUGGUAGGCAAGUCAAAUAUAGCCGGUUGGUAAACGACACAUAACAGCUCUACCAACUAGGGGAAUGAGGAACUGUCCGAAGUGCUAAGAACUCCAUGAGAGAAAAUGCCAUAAAAUAGACACCUCCCUACUGCUAUUAUCUUUCAACAGUUACCUUGACUUAACCUAUUGAGUUACCUGGUCAGCACUGUGAUCUUUUUUUUUUCUCUCCAAAGGACCUGCGUUGGACAACAAUAAAGAAAAUUUAC